AUGCAGAACUUGACUAACGUGAAAUUUGUGAAAGAAGAUUUUUACAACGCACUCAUUGAGUUGAUAAUAGACGGUGCUUACGCUGUUACAACUUUCAUAAGUAAAAUUUUGAACAUGCCUACAAUAGCCGCUAAUUACAUCCAGACUAGGAAAGCUCAGGAAGCCGUUGAAGUGAAGAAAAAUAUUAUAAAGGCUUACAAAGAACAAGAGAAGCAGGCCGAAUGGAUGGACACCUACCUGAGGAAGAGAAACGAGAUGAGGACGGCGGAGGUGCAGAAGAUCGUCGGCAAGGAGAUAAAAAAAAUCAUGAUCGACGAGACGAAAAAGAUGCAAGAGAAGGAGAUGAUGGACAGGGAGGCGAACGUGCAACUGACCUCAAUCAACACGACCCUCAACGCCCAAACGAACCAAGCCCUGGACGCCCACGACCCCAGAGUACCCCAAACAGCCAUGACGUCACUUGCGAUGUCGCAGGGCCCGCUAACAACAAACAUGGUGGAUCAGAUAAACAUGGAAACAAGCAACUUGACCACCGCCUUGCCGCUGUUGCCGCCGCCACUCCCGCCACCACCUACGCAGCCCGGCGUUUUGAGGUCGACUGUCGGCGAUUUUCAAAGAAACUUAAAGAUGGCCUAUGGUCCGCCAGAGUUUUCGUCGUCAUCUCUUUCGACGGACGUCUGA